GUGGGCCAAGGCGAGGUGGUCUUUACCUUAGUUGUCCAACGCUUCGUCCUCUUGAUAUCAGUUCUAUCGUGUGAAGAUUCAUACAUCAUUGUAAACAAGUAUGCCACACGCUACUCCCUUUCACCGAGAGAUACGAAAUGUCGCCAUAAUAGGAUGCGGUUCGAUCGGCGCAUCAUGGGCAGCUCUCUUCCUCGCCCAGGGUCUCAAUGUCAGCGUCUACGACAUCAACCCAUCAAGCAAAACAUUCCUCCACACAGUCACCGCAACCGCACUUCCAACGUUGAAAUCAUUAGGCCUCCUCCAAAACACGUCCGCGACCGUAGACGACAUCACAUUCACGACCGACCUUCAAGAAGCGCUCCGCAACGCCGACUUCGUGCAGGAAAACGGCCCAGAGCGAUUGGACUUCAAGCAAAGUCUCUUUACAGACAUCGCGAAACACCUCCCCGACCAUGUCAUUAUUGCGACCAGCUCCAGUGGACUGAUGUGCUCGAAGAUCCAGGAGGGUAUGCCGGCAGCUUCAAAACCCGAGCGAUGCGUGGUCGGCCACCCAUUCAACCCUCCUCAUCUCAUUCCCCUGGUCGAAGUUGUUGGUGGUCAGCUCACAUCCAAAUCUACCAUUGAGCGAACCCUGCAAUUUUACGAAGAUGUGGGAAAGAAACCAAUCUACGUGCAGAAAGAAGUUCCCGGGCAUAUCGCGAAUCGUCUGCAGGCGGCGCUGUUCCGCGAGAUCUUCCACAUCGUAAAGAACGAUAUAUGUACUGUGAAGGAUAUCGAUGACGCGAUGGCGUAUGGCCCUGGGCUAAGAUGGGGUGUUAUGGGACCCAGCACAUUAAUGCACCUGGCUGGCGGUGAAGGCGGAGUCGAACACAUGGCGAAUCACCUGCUGCAGCCGAUGACAACAUGGUGGGCUCAAGAAGACCCCGUGAUAGAUGAAGACUUGAAGAACAAGUGGGUGGCCGGUACCCUAGAUUCCGUGAACGGCAGGAAAUAUGUCGAUUUGUCUAGGAAAAGAGACGACGAGAUCGUGCAACUGCUUAAUCUGAGGAGAGAAACAGAAGCAGAAGCUGGAGUCGAGAAGGAAUCCAAACGAUUAUUCAUCCUUGACACAGAUCUAUCUAAACUUCCCAACACUCGCGGGAGCAUCAAGUCAUGCGACACCAAUGGCUCAGACCUGCGCACCGUCGUCGAAAACAUCAAGACUCUCCCGGAUGGUAUCACCAUCGACCAAGACCACGAGUUCAUGUACUGGACCAACAUGGGCACCUCUCUGAGCAGCAACUCAGGCUCUAUCGAGCGCGCCCACCUUGACGGCUCCGAGCGCUCAGUCAUCGUGGCGCCAGGCACACCCGGUGUGCAUACGCCCAAGCAGAUCACCAUCGCGCCUCUCAGCCGCAAGCUUUACUGGUGCGACCGGGAAGGCAUGAAGGUAUGCCGCAGCAAUCUAGACGGCACAAACAUCGAGAUCCUAGUAGACACCGCCGCCUCGGAAGAACCGCACCCGCAGUGCCGCUGGUGCGUCGGUAUCACGGUGGAUGAAGCGCGCGGUUUCUUCUACUGGAGCCAAAAGGGUGCACCGAAGAGUAAGAUGGGCCGCAUAUUCCGUUCUCGCGUAGAUAAGCCAGACGAAUGCGAGGUCGUCUUCACGGAUCUACCCGAGCCGAUUGAUCUCGAGAUGGACGAGGAAAAUGCGAUGCUGUACUGGACGGAUCGGGGUGACCCGCCGACAGGAAAUUCGCUGAACCGGGCGAAGAUGGAUGGCGGCAAGCGGGAAAGAGAGGUAUUGGCUACCAGGUUGCACGAAGCAAUCGGGCUGGCACUGGAUAAAGACGCUGGUCUUUGCUAUGUCACCGAUCUUGCUGGUGGAGUUUAUAAGAUUGACAUCGAGAAGAGGGAGAAGAAGGUGUUGUUUGCGGAGCUUGGUGAUCUAACGGGGGUCGCGCUUGCCUGAGAGCGAUAGCGGGGUUGGAAGCAGCUACGAGUGCGCACCGCUGCUAACAUUUUUCAUUUAUUAUCAUAAAACAUCCACCCACUAAUGAAAUGUUUUUGAACCCACUCAAGUCAAUAAUGCUUGCAUCAACGUUAUCCAUGUCCACUUCUCGCUUCCUCAUCAUUCCUAAGUUCCAAGAAGCUGAACUACUCCUUCCAACAAUUGGGCAGUCAGCAAUGCUAGCUCAGGCCAGAGUGGUAUCUAUGGUAUCGAAAC